GUCGAUCUCACUGCAAGGCCGCUUCUCGAGCGCAUUUCUUUGACCGAUGAUAAAGUGAUCAUUCUCGCUUCUGACUCUACUCUGCUUUCUUUUCUUCUAUUCACCACUAAGUGUCUAGCGAUCGCUAUCAGCUGACUAACCUCAUCAUGGCGACUAACGAGAUUAAUCACCAGCAGAACAACAUUAGCGACGAUGAGAAAUACGUGGGUGAGAAGCAUGGGCCGGCUCAUGUUGACGUAGCGAACAACAGUGCGGCCAAAAUACGUAACCCUCUUGCACAUCUGUCCAGCGAAGAAGUCAUCAAGGAUGUUCAAGAGUUUGCCCGAACCAAUGGCUUUCCCGAAAUGACCGAUUUGCUCGUCAAAGGCGCUCUCGUUGCUAAAGAUCCUCCAGCAUUUGAGACUGUUCCUGGCCUCACGGAAGGGGAACAGGAAGCCAUCCGAAAUGAGGUUUUGCACAAGUGGCGCCAACCAAAAUCACUUUACUUCACCAUCAUUCUCUGUUCAAUCGGUGCGGCUGUCCAGGGCUGGGAUCAAACUGGUUCCAACGGUGCCAACCUAUCAUUUCCAGAUGCUUUGGGUAUACCUGUGUCGGACAAUCUUCCCGACGGCUCUCCUAACCCCAACGCUUCUCGUAAUCAAUGGUUUCAAGGAUUGGUCAAUGCCGGACCGUACAUUGCCUCUGCCUUUUUGUAA